AGUCUUAGUGCAAUGAGCGAGUAUUAGCAAAACACAUCAUACUCAGCUUCUGGUUCAACAAUGCAGCAACGUGAAGAGAAGCAAUUAGAAGCCUCGGUGGAGUCGCUAAUUUCUCGAGUGGCUCAUGUCAAAAACGCUCUGCACGGAUUUAUUUAUAAAUUGGAAAAUGAAUACGAGCGAUUGACAUGGCCGUCUGUGUUGGACAACUUUGCCCUCCUGUCUGGUCAGCUGAACACCAUCAACAAACUGCUUAAGAAUGAGAAGACCCCAUCCUUUCGCAGCCAGGUCAUAAUCCCACUUCUUCUCAAUCCGGACAGAGAUGAAGAUUUAGCAAAACUAACUGAGCAGCGUGUCCCAGUGUUCAGCCAUGAGAUCGUGCCAGACUAUUUACGUACAAAGCCUGAUCCAGAGGUGGAAGAACAGGAGAAACAGCUGAGUGCAGAGGCUGCACGUAUUGGCCCAGAGGUGGCACAGAAACAGAUCCAGACAUUGAAUAAGCUCUGUUCCAAUCUGCUGGAGAAGCUGAACAAUCCUCGCGAUGAUAGAGAUGCAGAAAGUGCAGCCCUACGACAGAACAAGCCAUCUUUCAACCCUGCAGACACCAACGCUUUGGUUGGAGCGGUGGCAUUUGGCAAGGGGCUUUCCAAAUGUAGACCCCCUGGACCAGUGGCCCCUGGACACCCAGGACAAGGGCCUAUGAUGAGUGGAGGGCCAACCUUACAGCAGGUCACCAUAGGUGGAGGUUCAGGGCAACAGGCAGGUAUGGGAGGACCUGUGGCUCCACAACAGCAAGGACAGCCAGGAAAAAUGCCAAGCAGCAUCAAGACAAACAUCAAGUCUGCGUCUGGGUCGAUGCAUCCUUAUAACCGAUGAACUCCUUCCUCCUUAGUACUUCACCCAAAGUCUUCCUCCUCACGUGCAGCAGUGACAUUCACAUCACCAUCAUCUUUGUGUACUGUUAUUUUCAUGCUACUCUGUUCUUUCUAAAGCUGUUUGACACCGAGUGUCUCUUAUAAUUUGUCAUACAACACCUGACCCUCUGCGUUUGAGCAGUAGAUGGCAGUAUGUCAGCGUGUAUGGGGCUGGGAGCCUCUGCGUGGAUCUGUACUCCUGACACUUUUUCAAUUAAAGAUGUGUUUAUUUGUUUACCGUG